AUGGCUGGCAUCACGGCUAUGAAGCCCGUUACUGGAAUGCUCCGCCGGGGCUUGGUGCUCGAUCUCAGCACCGCCUUGGGCCUUGGAGUUAGCUCCGGUUACUUGUGGUGGUACGGCUACCACCUUCCUCGCGUUCGUGCCCGUGACAACUUCUACACCCGACUCGAAGCCCAGCGUGCCGAGGAACUCUCUGCUUAA